CAGGUUCUGAAAACCCACAAAGAAAUCCACAGGUCUGAUGGCCACCCCCAAGGAAAGGGGAGACUCCAGCUCCCAGAUACCAGGCCCUGGGUGGCAGAAAAGUGGAACCUGUGUGGAGCAGCCGGACCACCCCGACAGGUUGGAGGUGGAGGAGCAAGUGCCAGACCAGAGUAUUGUGUGGAGGAAAGCACAGGAAUUCUUCCAGACAUGUGACUCCGAAGGCAAGGGCUUCAUUGCCAGGACGGACAUGCAGAGGCUACAUCAGGAGCUACCCCUAAGUCUGGAAGAACUGGAGCAUGUGUUUGAUGCCCUGGAUGCUGAUGGCAAUGGCUUUCUGACCCCAGAGGAGUUCACCGCUGGAUUUAGUCACUUCUUCUUCGGUCAAAAUAGCCAAAGUGAGAAGGAAACUGGCAAGCAGGUGGCCCAGCUCCUAGAGGAGAAGGUGUAUCAGUCUAGAGGGGGCGAGGAUGCGGAAGACAUGGACCACGAUGAGGAAGCACAGUUCCAGAUGCUGAUGGAUAAACUUGGAGCCCAGAAGGUUUUGGAAGAUGAAAGUGAUGUCAGGCAGCUGUGGCUGCAGCUGAAGAAGGAUGAACCCCACUUACUGUCCAAUUUCGAAGACCUCCUCACCACAAUCUUCACUCAGCUCCAAGAAGCCCAUGAGCAGAAGAAUGAGCUGGAGUGUGCCCUCAGAAAGAAAAUCGCAGCUUAUGAUGAAGAAAUCCAGCAUCUCUACGAGGAGAUGGAACAGCAGAUCAAAAGUGAAAGGGAGCAGUUCCUCCUAAAAGACACAGAGAGGUUCCAAGCCCGCAGUCGAGAGCUGGAAAAGAAGCUGAGCGCCAAGGAGCAGGAGCUGGAACGUCUCAUCCAGAAGCAGAGCAGGCUGGAAGGCCAGUGCACAGCUCUACACAACGACAAACAGGAAACCAGGGCUGAGAACACUAAGCUGAGACUCACUAACCAGGAGCUGGCCCGAGAGUUGGAGCGCACCUCCCAAGAACUCCAGGAGGCCCAGCAGCAGCUGGAGAGCCUCCAGAGAGAGGCCUGUGAGCUGCAGCAGGAGAAGGAGAUGGAAGUGUACCGAGUGACAGAGAGUCUGCAGCGGGAGAAGUCGGGCCUCCUGAAGCAGCUGGAUUUCCUAAGGGAAAGGAACAAACAUCUCCGGGAUGAACGGGACAUGAGUUUUCAGAAAGAUAAGGCGGCCAAGGCAAACACAGCUGCUUCCAAGGCAAGCAAGAAGCAGAGAUCUGGCUCUGUGAUCGGCAAAUAUGUGGAUGGCAGGGGAAUUCUCAGGAGCCAGUCAGUGGAGGAGGAUGAGGUGUUCGGCAUCCUGAGGAGGAGGAGCUCUGUGGGCCUGAGUGCAUAUCUCCUGGCAGAGGAGGAGCCGGGAACUGGGGAGCCAGGGGCUGGGGUUCCACGCCGCCAGACAUUCCGCAGAAUCAUCUCCAUUGAGGAAGACCCCCUGCCUCAGCUCCUGGAAAGUGGCUUUGAGAAGCCACUGAGCAAAUGUCCAGAAGAAGAGGAGGUCUUUGACCAGGAGGCAAAAGAACACAACAUGGCAGCCCCAGCCUCAGAACUCCUCCCUACAUCCCCCCGAGGGCAGCCUGUCGGGAAAGAAGCCCUCUGCAAGGAGGAACGCAUUCCCUCUACCCCAGAUCGGCUCUUCAAGAUCGUGUUUGUGGGUGAUUCUGCUGUGGGGAAGACAUCCUUCCUGAGGAGGCUCUGUGAGGCCCGCUUCUCCCCAGGCAUGGCGGCUACUGUGGGCAUCGACUACCGUGUGAAGACGGUCACUGUGGACAAUUCGCAGGUGGCUCUGCAGAUGUGGGACACUGCUGGGCAGGAGAGGUAUCGUUGCGUCGCUCAGCAGUUCUUCAGAAAGGCUGAUGGAGUGGUGGUUAUGUAUGACCUCACAGCCAAGCAAUCCUUCCUGUCCAUCCGGCAGUGGCUGAGCAGUGUGGAGGAAGCUGUGGGAGACCAAAUUCCUGUUCUGCUGCUGGGCAAUAAACUUGACAAUGAGAAGGAGCGGGAAGUCCCCCGAAGCCUGGGAGAGCAACUUGCCAAGGAGAACAAUUUGAUCUUCUAUGAAUGCAGCGCCUAUUCGGGUCAUAACACCAAAGAGUCCCUGCUCCACCUGGCCAGGUUACUCAAAGAGCAAGAGGACACAGUGAGGAAGGACACCAUCCAGGUUGGCCCCCCUGUCAAGAAGAAAUCCUGCUGUGGCUGACAGCAGGCCCUCCUAACCCAGCCGUGCCCACGGUCACCUGCAGCCAGCAGUCCUCCGAAGGCCACGGUCACGUGGCUACCUGAAGCAGCACUUGGGCUCCUAUGUGCAACACCUGGCAAGGCCCACCCUGCCUUGUCCUUGUUGGUGACUGGCCUCCUCUAAUGAAGGGAGCACCCGCAGCCAGAAGGCUGCUUUUCCUCUACUUCAUAUCUGCUCCCCCUUCUCUUCUGUACCCCAAUACCUUCUCCUUCCCCCUCCAAAGUGUUUUCUGGUAGAAAGGAGCAGAUGGGCUUUUCCAGAAAAGUGACCACGUGCCUUCUCCACCUCCCUUCUCCUCUCUCCAUGGCCUUAGGAGUCUCUGCGCUGUGGUUGCCAUGGCAACUGUGCAGGGACAACUUGAUGCUUCUUGAAGGCCAAAGACGUGCCAUUUGGGUGAUGCUGGGCUAGCCUGUCUUGCUUUGGGCCCUGUUCUCCAGAAACCAGAGAGCUGCUCUUGGCACGCACGUCAUGGACCUUGAGACGCUCAAGUGUCGGCUCCAGUUCCCGAGGCUCUCUCUGCUUCUCCCUGAGUUCCUGAACCACGGGCUUCGCAACCUCUCCCAGCAGCCACUGCACCCACUGGAUCUGUGCUUGUGGGUCUCUGCCGUGUGCUUCCUGACGAACCUCAACCCUGACUCCAGGGUGGAUGGCGGGGGACAGUUCCACGCCUGGAGUCACAAAGCAGGUGUACUCCCUACAUAACUUUGACAAAGAAACCGAAAGAGGAAGCCAUCUGUGGCUAAAGACAGUGGCCAUUUUUGGGGGGACUAAAUAAGAUAUGUGUCACUGUAUAAAAGGUGUUUUCUAGCCGGGCGUUGGUGGCGCACGCCUUUAAUCCCAGCACUCGGGAAGCAGAGCCAGGCGGAUCUCUGUGAGUUCG